CAAAAGGAAGCAUAGCAUUGGUUCCAGUUCUUUGCCUUGGAGCGUUUCCUUUGGCCCCUUCUCUUCUUCCCUCGAUGCCCGCAUUUCUCUCUCUUUCUCACUCUCUCUCUCUUUCUCUCUCUCUUUCUUCAAGUCAAAUCCCUCAAACCCCACGUUACACACUACAAAUAGCUACUAUUUCCUCAAGAGUACUCUCUAUUUCUCUAUGAUAAUGGUGCAAAAACCAGCUACUUCAGUCUCAGAACUAUCUCUUUUUGUAUAGCAAUGGUGCAACUACUAUGCAGAAGCAAGUUCCAGAGAGGCAUGGGUCAUGAGGAGAAGGAGAAGAAGCCCAGGUUCUUUAUCAAUGACAACACGGACAUUCUCAUGGAGAUUCUCAAGCGGCUCGACGGCCGCUCGUUGGGUGUCGCCGCCUGCGUCUGCCGGCUGUGGAGGUCCGUGACUUGGAACGACUCGCUCUGGGAGCACCUCUGCUUCCGCCACGUAUCCCCGCCCCCGCCGGGGGUGCGGCCGGUAGUGGUGGCUUUGGGUGGGUACCGGCGGCUCUACAUGAUGUGCCUGAGGCCCGUCCUGAGCCGACUCGGACAGAUGAAACGCGGGUUGGGCGGCAGCGGCGGUGGUGACUCGGACCUGGUGGGGCGAGUCUGGACUCGUGACUCGGUUCAGCUCUCCCUUUCGCUCUUCUGCGUCGAUUACUACGAGAGAUUGGAUGGAAGACUCGGUGAUGCGUCCACAUCCUCGCUCAUGUUUCUAUGCAAGCCCGUGAACGUCUGAUUAGUUGACUUUUUCUGAUUUGACUCCAGUGGUGGUUGGCAGUUGGCACACCGAUAAUACCAACCUGGCUUCACUUCACUUCUCAUACACCAUAUCUGAAGAACAAGCAGCAGUAGAUAAUUUUAUUUUUA